AUGCAGUGGUUAGAGGAGCUUGAGGCUGUUGGUUUUCAUCUGAAUCGUAUUGAUGAGCCGAAAAGACCGCUGAUCGAUAUUUGGGCUGAACCGAGUACGGUUCGAAAACAUGCCGAUGUGAUGGUGGCACCGGAAUUUUUGGACUCGGAUAUUGAUCGUCAAAAACGUGAAAUUCUAUUGGCUAAUAAAUAUCGUACAAAACGAAAUACGGAUAGAAGUAACGAAAAGGAAACAUCUGAAGAAGGAGAGCAUUCGAGCAAACGGAAUGAUCAAUCUAAUGCACGAAAACGGCGAAGUGAUGCGCAAGUGGCAGCAGGAGCAGAUUCUUUUAAUUUAUUGCAGUAUCAUCGAUACGACGAGAUUCUUCAAUAUAUGCACGAUUUGAGUGAGAAGUACCCGCAUUUAGUGAGUGAAUUCAACGUAACGAAGUCGUUCGAAGGACGUGAUCUGCGAGGCAUUAAAUUGGUGAAUGGUUACGGUCACGAUGAGGAGAUCACUAAAAUGGUGGACACAUUUGACUGGUACUUCGUACCAGUGGCAAAUCCAGACGGCUAUGAGUAUAGCAUGACGAUUGUUCUAGGCACAAGCGAAUUUAAGGAUCGAUUGUGGCGUAAGACGAGAUCACGGAAUACAACUGUGAAUAAAUGGUGUGUUGGUGUGGACGCGAAUCGUAAUUGGGGCUACAGAUGGGGAGAGGCAGGCGCGAAUCGAAGUCCGUGUUCGAACAUCUACCACGGCGCAGAGCCGUUCAGCGAGGUGGAGGUGUCCGGCAUACGCGACUUCACCACGUGGCAAAUCCCCGAACUGAAGAUUUACGUCAGUUUGCACAGCUAUGGUCAAGUCUUCCUCACACCCUGGGGAUAUACCAAGGAUAAACCCUUCAAUUAUUACGAUCAGAAGACAGCGGCAAGAUUGGCGGUUGAGGCUAUCAAAAAUAAAACCGGUGCAGCUUAUACGUAUGGCACUAUUUCUGAGUUGAUGUAUCCAGCAUCAGGUACGAGCAUAGAUUAUAUGCAGAGUAAGGGUGUUCCAUAUAUCUAUGGGAUUGAACUGAGACCCGAGGAUGUGGACAAUAAUUUUGGUUUUACAAUUCCGGCCAAAUACAUUGAGCCAACGGGUGAGGAGAUGUUGUCGGCGUUUUUGACGAUGACGCGUUACGCGACAAGCGUUCAAACGACAUAUACAUACGUCUAG